AUGACUGCUGCCUCAGUAGCUACAGAAAACACGGCGAGAGCUAAUCACCAAGUGGCAAAACAAAAGUACCAAGUAGAAACAAUGAUGAAUAGUGCUAAUACCUAUGAGAGGAAAACAAUUCAGGACGAAAUGAUGGAUGGAGUCGCCGUUGAUCAAAUAAGAGCGAUGGAAAGAGAUGCAGCCUAUCAAAGGAAAAUAAUUGACGGAGCUGUAGCAUAUCAAGAAAAAAUAGUGAAUGGAGGAUAUCAACAGGGAAGACUUGGUCAGGGUCCACAAGGAAAGGUGAUAGAGGGUGCUACUAGCAAAUUGUAUCAGGGUAGAAAGGUAGAGGGAUAUUUGGGAACGAUGGCCGAGGACUACAAAAGAAACAGGAAACUGCCUCCGAGAGUAGAAGAAAUGUUGAGAGAGCAGGUAAAUCUAGAUGAGACUGUGCUACACGAUGUGUUUGCGGUGGCGAUGGAGGACUUGACUCUAGAAAAGGAAGCCAACUUUGUGGCAAAGGGUUUAUGCCAUUUGUGUGGAGCAAAAGAAAAGUACUAUGUGCCUGUGGUGAGCUUUUGUCCACAUGCAGACGAGAACCACUCGCUGUGUCGAGAACAUCUGCGCACCAUAUAUAGGCUGCGGUUGCUUCAUCCAUGCCCGAAGGAGGACAAUUGGCGCAUAGUGCUGCUCAAAGCAGUAGCGAAAGUCGCCGGUAUGCACGGUGUCCGCCGACACAUCCUGUGCAUGGCCAUCCCCCCUGUUCAGAGCGACGGAUUCCUUGCUCGAGACACGGAGACAGUGGCAGCACAUGAAGGACGCGGACUAGUGCAAACUCAGCAACCUGAGUACAAGCAGUACUCGGGUAGCAGUCGCAAUGAUUACGGCUCCAGCGCGCAGAUUCCUUGGACGCAUUCUUCCAGUAUGCAAAUUUCCAGCAUACAGACUUUCAGUGCAACUUAUAGCAUGCAAGCCUCCAGUACGGAGGCUUCUAAACUGCUGACUUCUAGCACUCAUGCUUCCAGUAUGCAGGCACAAUCGAAGCAGUCAUCUCAGUACCCCCCUGUUCCGAAACAAGCCGCAAAGGACACCCCUCCCGAUUUUCUUCCUGUAAUGAGUAAUGGUGCGCCAGUCAUUGGUUCUCGGGCUGCUGCUCGAGCCACGUCCCCACGUGUCCAUCACGGCUCCACAAAAUUACCCUCCGCGGCGACCGUUUUGAAUUGUGCCGAGUCGGAGAAGUCUCUAGUGCACUUGGUAAGCUCGUUGAAUCAAGGCGGAGCUCCCGGAAGCUUGGUAACUUCUGAUGCCAGAGGCCAAAUCAGCAAGGGUAGUACUUACGACCAGAGCAAGCUACGCUACAAUAAGAGUGAUAUUGGAUCGAGUGGAAGCGGUCAAGGCUGUAACGACGCUGAAAUGGAAGCAGCUACCAUGGUGUACUCUGUUCGUGGAGUUGCGGACAGACGCCGUCAAGCGGAAAGCCCACACCAAGAUCAUUUAUAUACGAGUUCCAUGGACCCAAGUGAUAGCUCGCCCCGCGAACGCUCGAACUUUGCUGGUCGGUCUAUUGAAGACAGUCAUAUACUGAAGCGGAAAUCAAAUGAAGGCAAAGAUGAGGCCAGUUCAGGGCCACGUGACUUGAAUACCAUGGCGCCACGGAAUGAUUCUGAGGCGUCGCGUUGUGGUGAAAGUGUUCCAAGUGAACAGCAGAAUGGGGAUCUGCGUCACCACCAGACUGCGAUGAGGCUCAAUUUAAAGACGCACGGCCGUGGUAAAGAGUGCGCUCACAAGGCUGAUACCAAUAACGAAAACCAAUCGUCACAGACACCGACAUCUUUGCCACCGGCUCGACCAGGGCGCUCCCGCAAAGUUACUGUUGGUACGGUUGUAACAGCUUCGUCGGCUUCACGAGCAGGAAGGAAAGGCACACAAGAACGUAAAACUAUUGCCCCACCCAAAAGGGGAAGAGGUCGACCCCCUAAACGCGCAAAGCGAUCGCAAAAUGAGGAUGAAAAGAUGGCGGAUGAGAAAAGUAUAGGGGACGACGAAAAGGAAGAUGAAGAGGAAGGUGGCUUGGUCAGCGAAUUAGACGCGAACUUGGACUACUGCGAGGUUUGCCAGGGCGCUGGCGAUCUAGUUUGUUGCGAUAAGUGCCCGCGUUCCUUCCACUUAAAGUGCUUGCAUAUGACCGAGAAUGAUCUCCCUGAAGGUGAUUGGCAGUGUAACGAGUGUAAAAAGCCGUCGCGGUUUGAUGCAUAUUCCGUUGCUGUGGCGUCAGAGAAAACGUUGCUGGACAAGUGUCUGAAAAUUGUUCAGUGCUUGAAAUCGCAUCCGUUUGCAAAACAAUUCCUCUUACCUGUGGAAAAUGUCCCGAUGUAUACGCGGGUAGUGAAACAACCGAUGGAUUUAUCAAAGAUUGAGAACAAGCUGAAGAUGGGUGCAUACAUCGUGGACAGCAACACUGUGGCGGAUGGUGUCAAUGAGUUGGAUUCAACGCAUUUUGCCAACGAUGUUCGACUUAUGUGGUCAAAUUGCAAGCUUUUUAAUGAUGACGGAUCGGGUAUAGUACGAGCAGCUGAUAUUUUGUCAGACGGCUUUGAGCGCUUGUACAAAGAAUCCAUUGCUCGACCGUUAACUUCACAAAACGGAUGCUGA